ACGUACAUAAUAUUGUAUAAAUGUAUGUAUGUAGUGUAUAUGUACACAAUAUAUAGACAUCCGACGUACAGAUAAUCAGAUACAGAUACAUAUAUAUAUGUAUAUAUAGUAGAAGUAUUUAUAUUUACGCGCGUUGUUGGAUUCGACCGCUUUGCUCUAGUGUGUCCAAUGCUUCCUUCUCCUUUGCCUUCGCGUUCUCCGUUUCCGUCUCUUGCGUCUCCGUCGCGGUCUCCGUUGCCUUCAGCCGUAGUCGACUUUUAACUUUCGCUUUCGCGUUGCUUUCGCUUUUUCUCAUCAGCAUCGGGCACCAGAAAAAUUCAUUCUCAAAUCGCGCCAGAAAUAGCCGCCAAGUGGGAUAAUAUAUAGUGUAUAGUAUAUAAGAAGAACAAAUUAUUUUCCGUUUCACCAAUUUAAAAGCUGCUGCAACAUAAAGGCCCAACAUGGCAACGCAGCAACAAACAAAGUCCCAUGAUGAUUUGACGAUUGCGAAUCGUUUGGUCGAUAAGAAUCCUGAUAUUAGCAAAAAGGACAACAAAGAUGAUGAUGAUGAGGAGGAAAUUGAAGAGGCCGAGGUUGUGGUACCACCAGACAGCGGCUGGGCUUGGGUGGUAAUGGUAGCCUCCUUCCUCUGCUGCACGGUGAUCGAUGGCAUUGUGUUCUGUUCGCCUCUGUUGCAGGAUCAGUGGAUCGCUGAGUUUGAUGUGAGCAAGGCCUAUGUGUCGUUUGUGUCAUCCCUGCUCAGUGGUUGCUAUCUGAUGGCCGGACCAUUUGUCAGCGCUUUGGCCAAUAGAUUUGGCUUCCGUCCAGUAACCGUUGCGGGAGCAAUCUUUGGCUCUCUCUGCUUUGGUUUGUCGUACUAUGCUCCCAGUGUGGAGUAUCUGUUCUUCAUCUAUGGUGUGUUGGGUGGCAUUGGUUUCUGCAUGGUCUAUAUACCGGCUGUGGUUAUUAUUGGAUUUUACUUUGAGAAGUGGCGUGCUCUGGCCACUGGCGUGGCUCUCUGUGGCUCGGGAGUGGGUACCUAUGUGUUUGCCCCACUUACCACUUACCUGUUGCAGUAUGGAUGGCGACAGACUCUGGUUAUACAGGGAGCAAUGGUCCUCCUGUGUGCCCUCUUUGGCAUGGCCUUCCGCCCGAUUCAACCCAUUACAUUGGCGGUGACAGAUAAGAAUGACACAGUCGAGGAGAAACGCAAACUGAAUGGUCAUGGCAAUACCGUGGCUCCUACACCUCAGCUCACUCAGCAGGCAUUUACUAAACCCUUGCCCGAGGGUCGUUUAGCCUACUCCAUGCCCAAUUCAGCUCACAAUACCUAUAUGGGAGCAUCACAGCGUCAUCAUUAUCCCACGGCAGCGGAGAUUUUCAAGGGUAUGAAUCUGGAGAGAAGACCAUCGGGCACCGCGUCUGGUAGCAAGGGUACCGAACUGAAGCAGCUGCGCAAAUCCCAGCCAACGACACCAAAUGGUGAUCCACAACAGCUCACAUUCAAUUUGCACAAGGAACUGACCACUGUGGGUGAGAACGAGGAGGAGGCAGAGAACGAUAACCUGUUGGAGACGGAGGCCAAGCCCAUAACACUUCAGGCCCGUCGUCACACUGUGUCCGGUCGCCGUGAUCAGGAAAUUGGCAAGCGCAGUGCAGCAGCUGCCCACGAAGCUCACCAUGGACAAGCAACCCGACCCAUGUACAGAGAUGAUGCCUUCUUUACGGGCUCACUGACCAGAAUACCCCAAUACCAGUCUCAGUCCUCACUCGCCUAUCACAUGUCUGUGACACGUUUGCCCACCAAACAGGAUAUGCUCGAGGAUCGGCAAAAAGGCUGCCGCAUCUGCCCCGAGGCCGUGCGUCGUACCCUGUCCACUAUGUUGGACACCAGUCUGCUCAAGUCGCCGUCGUUUAUGUGCCUGGCCUUCAGUGGUUUCCUCACCAUGAUGGGUUUCUUUGUGCCCUUCGGUUUUCUGGUCAGCCGUGCCACAGAUAGUGGCAUACAGCCCUCAACUGCUGUGGACAUCUUGGGCGGCAUUGGAUUAGUUAAUACAAUUGCUAGGAUUGUCUGUGGUUCGGUUAGCUCAUUCCCGAGCAUUAAGCCUCUGUGGCUUAAUAAUAUUGCGUUGACGGCCGGAGGAUUGGCCACUAUUUUCAGUGGUCUAGUCAUCAAUCCCGCCACACAAUGGACUUUUGCUGUAUUCUUUGGCAUUUGCAUUGCCUGCUUCUCGGCCCUGCGUUCGCUGAUUGCUGUGGAAAUGAUUGGUCUGGAGAAGUUGACGAAUGCCUUUGGUUUCCUUAUGCUGUUCCAGGGUCUGGCCGCCACCUUUGGUACACCCAUUGCAGGAGCCCUUUAUGGUGCGACUGGCAGCUAUGAUGCCGCCUUCUAUUUUGCCGGUGGACUUAUUCUUCUAUCGGCAUUCCUUUGCUAUCCCUUGUCGUAUAUAUCCCGAUGGGAGCAGCGACGCAAUGAGAAGAUUACACCACUGGCAGCGGCCUAAACUUAAUCUUCUAAUCUGAUCCUCAAAAAUCAUGAGGAGGCUAGCCCAUUGCGGCCCAUUUUGCGGUCACUGAUCACUUGUAGUAAAUUGGACAGCCUGAAGUAUCGUUCACCUCAGCGAGUGGGGGCUAAUACUUGAAUCGUUUUAGAUAAGCCCCAAAAAGUGUAAUGUUUGUGCCUUCAGCGUGUAAUGUGUCGUGUGCCUAGACAUAGUUAGAUCGAUGACUAUAGACCGAUCGAUCCUCCCUAUCGAUCCCUAUACAUACAACAGCGAAACGCUUGUAAAUUAUGUUUUCUUUUAAGCUUUGAAAUUAACAAUUUAAGUUUUUUCUUUAGUAUAAGUGUGGAUCACUUGAUGUUGGUUAGAUGUGUGCAUCAGGAACAAGUUAAAUGAAUGAAACUUUUAAUUUUAUUAUUAUUAUGAUUAUUAUUAUUAAUAUUAAGCAGCUGAGCACAUGGCUGGGCCACAAAGUCGACUGCCAAGUUAAGCAAAUCGUUAAAUAAUGAAAGAAGUUCCUCUUUCUCUUACCCUCCAA